CACCAAGCAAUUAUUAAGUGCACGUUACUCCAUAAAAAUCUGCAUCUGUAGCCUUGCUCAAACACACUCAUUCAACCGCACAACCAGGAUCACAAACACCUUCAUCGAGCAAAACAUGGCAGCUGCUGAUCAUGCUACUCCCACCUAUGACCGUAUGAAAGAGGUUAAGGACUUCGACGAAUCCAGGAUCGGUGUCAAAGGUCUCGCUGAAUCUGGCAUCACCUCUAUACCCCGUAUGUUCAUUCACCCACCUGAGACUCUCUCUGACAUCAAAAAACCCAACUCUCGAACAUGCACCCAAAAAAGCAUCCCAAUCAUAGACCUUUCCCACUUCAACUCCCCCACUAAAAGACACCAACUUGUGGAACAAAUCAGAGAUGCCACUUCCACAUGGGGCUUCUUCCAAGUCAUCAAUCAUGGGAUACCCAAACCAGUCCUAGAUGAAACCAUAAACGCAAUCAAAGCUUUCCACGACCAACCACAUGAGGUCAAGUCUAAACUCUAUAACCGUGACAACGACAAGCAUGGGGUUAUGUACUCGAGCAACUACGACUUGUACAGAGCCAAAGCUGCCAGCUGGCAUGACUUUCUCACUGUUUGGAUGGCCCCCGAGGCAACGCGUGCGAAGGAGGAGGAUAUUCCAGAGGUUUGUAGGAAAGAGAUAGUUGCAUGGGAAUCGCAUUCAACAAAGGUGGCUGAGGCUUUGUUGGAGUUACUGUCUGAAGGGUUGGGUGUGGAGGCUGAGAGGUUUAAGGAUUUGGGGUUUUUGAAGGGUAAGUUGGCUGUGGGACACUGCUAUCCGUAUUGUCCACAGCCGGAUCUGACGGUGGGGAUCACAUCUCACACAGAUUCAGGGCUGACUGUGUUGUUGCAGAACCAGGUGGGAGGGUUGCAAGUCAAGCAUGGCGAUGAGUGGGUGGAUGUGGAGCCCAUCCCUGGAGCAUUGAUUGUCAACAUUGGCGACCUCAUUCAGAUAAUCUCUAACGAUAAUUACAUAAGCGUGGAGCAUCGUGUUUUGGCUAAGGCAUCUAAAGAGCCUCGUAUCUCAGUCCUAACAUCUUUCAACGUGGGCACUAUAGCUGAUUCUGAUUACUUCAGACCACUGCCAGAAUUAUUAUCACCUAAUAAACCAGCUCUUUACCACAAAUUCACGGUGCCGGAAUUUCAUGAAAAUUUUUACAGCAAGGGUUUGGAUAGCAAAUCUUUCAUACAGAAAGUUAGACUGUGAAAUGAGAAUACUAAGAGGACUAAUAAAGUCUAUAUGAUAUAUGUUGCGUAUUUAUGUUCCUAUGUGAAUUGAAUGGAGUGACCUAUUCCCUGCUAUCAAAUGCACUUUGCUUGAGGCAUAAUAAAUGAGGGAAACUCAUGUACUUUGCUUAAAGCUAAACUA